UCGCGCUGGAGCGGCGGCGGCCUGGCCUGACAGGAAACCUGCCCGCGCUUUACGGCCGCUGGAUGAGGAGGAGCGGAGAAGGGGAGCGGGAGGCGCCGCGGCCGCUGCUGCUGCUGAGGAGACUUUGCGGACAUGGCCGAGGUACCGCCCGGGCCUAGCAGCCUCCUCGCCUCGCCGCCGGGAGCCGCCGCUUCGCUGCUUUCGCCCUUUCCGGGAGCUGCCGCCGAGGAGGAGGAGGAGGAAGAGGAGGAGGAAGGCGGAGGCGGAAGGCCCCGUGGGGGGGAGGAAGAGGAGGAGGAGGAGGUGGUCGGGGAUGAAGAAGGGCGGGAGGGGCUCCCCUCGCGCCGCCGCCUCUGCCCGCCCCGCCGCCUCAACCACCAGCUCAACGGGCUCAUCGCCGGCCCGGACUUGCGGCACUUGCGGAGCUCCCUCAAGGGCAAGGUCCUGAGCAGCAGCAGCAGCAAGAAAGGCGGCGGCGGCGGCGGCGGCACCGGGCCUGCCCCUGGCAAGACAAUGGGACACGGGCAGGAGCCCCCGCACCCGCCGCAGGAAGGGCCGCCGCCUCCCCCGUCGCUCAGCAACCACCUCCGGGUCCCCCACCCCCAGGCAAGGACUGCACAGCCCCAGCCCCGCCACCACCAUCGCCGCCGCCCCCACCACGACGACGAUGCCUCUGGCCCCUCCGCCGGGGACAGGAAUGGGCUGGCUGGGGGAGGCGGGGAGGAAGGCCAGGAGCAGGAGCUGGAAGGGGAGGAGGAGUCCCUGCUGCUUCUCUCCAGGUCCUUGGCCUCCACGUGCAGUUUGCAGAAAUGCUCCGUGGGUCCCCCCACAGACUCUUCCUGGGCUCCGCAGCAGGUGGAGGAGGAGAAAGGGGAACUCACGAUACGAUAUGUCCGAUACGAGUCCGAGCUGCAGAUGCCAGAUAUCAUGAGACUGAUCACCAAAGAUCUGUCUGAACCCUACUCCAUUUACACAUAUAGAUAUUUUAUCCACAACUGGCCUCAGCUUUGCUUUUUGGCAAUGGUCGGAGACGAGUGCGUUGGUGCCAUCGUCUGCAAGUUGGAUAUGCACAAAAAAAUGUUUCGCAGAGGUUAUAUAGCCAUGUUAGCAGUGGAUUCCAAAUACAGAAGAAAAGGCAUAGGUACAAACCUGGUUAAGAAAGCUAUUUAUGCCAUGGUAGAAGGAGAUUGCGAUGAGGUGGUGUUGGAGACAGAGAUCACAAACAAGUCUGCAUUGAAACUUUAUGAAAACCUUGGCUUUGUGCGAGACAAGAGGCUGUUCAGAUACUAUUUAAAUGGAGUUGAUGCACUGCGUCUUAAACUGUGGCUGCGUUAAUCGGAGGACUUCUCUUCCCAACCAACAUGGCAGCCGCGUCCUUUGCAUGCACUGCAAUUGUGUGGAAUUGCUUUGCAGGGGGACGCGGUAUCUUCCAUGCAGCUCCUCUCUGUGCGUGUCCCAUCGAGCGUCGCACCCAAAUCGUUGCACUGUGUGGCUUGGCACAUCUUGUUCUGAAUUCGCAACAGGUUGUUUCGGACUUCAGAUCCUCUUGGUAGCCAGGAAGAUGUGCCACUAGGUAGCCAAGUUCCCUUCUUUUCAUUUGCAAGCCGACUGACUCUUGUUAUAUAAACAGUGAACAUUUUAUCCGAGAACCUGUGUAUGCAGAACACAACAUUUUGGGGGGUUCGAGAGAGAAGCCAAUGUAGAUUGUAAAAUUCUAUAAGUAUACUAACAUUUCAUACAAAACUCACCAUAGAUUUUUUUUCUGGGGAAAAUUAAAAUGGUUUCAACUUUAGGUUUUAUUUUUCGAUAUUGAACUUUCCAUUCUUAAAUAUUGGUACCUCAGUGAUUAGUGAAUGAAAAAAUGUAUUGUAGGGUGGGUGUGUGUUACAUCGAGUAACAGUAACAAUUAAAUUGCGUCUGCCAGUGCCUGUAUAGAUAACGUAUAUUUGUCUCCACCACUAAUUUUUGAGUGCAUGCUUUUCUUUUCUUGAUUUUUUGUCUUUGCAAGAAUGGCUUUUAUUUAAAUUUUGGAUUUGAUAAUAAAUUAUUUCAUUUAUAAUUUGGAUAUGUCUCCCAUGUAAGGGCUUAAAAAGCCCUUCUCUUAUAGCAAGAAGUGUGAGCUAUUUUUGGAAAAAAGAAAAAAAAUACCUUGAGUAGCUGCUAAAAGGGAGUCUGAUGCACUUUUUCCUUUAAAGAGAGUGAGGGAUCUUUUUUAAAACAAACAAACCACAAAUUAAUGCAAAUUGGAUUGAUUUUUUAUUUAAUUAAAGCUAUCACGAUAAUAGCUAAAGAAAUGUUAUUUUAAAACAGUUGGAACAAAUUUGGAUUUGGAGUCGUACUGUUUUGCUUCCAUUUUCUAAAAAGGCUUUAGUCUUCCAUUCUUGGUCUUGAAAAUCAGUUUCAGAGUUCAUAACAUCCAUUUUUAAAUGGCGUUCGUUUUCUCUAGACUUUUGCAAAAGCCAAAAACUCUUGCAAUUUUAAGUUUCUUCUGAAUUAUUUGGCAGAGUGUCCAAAUAUUGAGUUUGAACUUUUCCCCCUUUUAAAAUGGGCUACACGGGCUUGUUAAGGCCAACAUCUUUUCUCAGCAGUUACACAGUGUGUACUUCUGUCUGUCAGUGCAAUAUGUAAAGCAAAUCAGUUCUUUUUGGCAGUUCAGCAGUGACAGCAUUGGUAUAUAAUACAUAUAUAAGCAAAGGAUAAAAACAACCCUAGAUGACUCAUGGAAAACUAGAUUGCUUCCUUAUAUUGAAAGGAAAAUCUUCAGAAUUCAACUUUGCCUUACUACAUUGUAUGUUAAGGAUUCAACUAUCAUUUUGUAAAAUGGCUCGAGUUACUGUACAUUUGAGAGGACCUGACCUCUAGUCACCCUUUGGAGAAAGACUCAUUCUGGACAGCUUGGUAAGUUGAAAGGAAGGCCAUCCUUAUUUGCACAGACUGAGCAUCUCCCCCACUAUGUAUAAGUUGUGAAUUGUAUUUGGGAAAAAUAAAGGAUUUUAAUUUAAAACUG